AUGAGCUCUCCCGACGAGAAAGAAAUGAUGUCCGGCGAGGUCCUGUCCAACGCAGUUAGCCCUGCCAGCGGCGCUGCCCACGCCCUCGAAGCUGCAGCCGCCACCGAGGCCGAGCACAACUUGGGUCUGCUGAAAUCGCUCAAGCUCUACAAAAAGGCCUGCAUGUGGUCCAUCUUCUUCUCGACAUGCAUUGUCAUGGAAGGCUUUGACCUGACCAUCAUCAACGGUCUCUAUGUCUACCCUGCCUUUGCGCAAAAGUUUGGCGAGCCCUCCGAGGAUGGCUACGAACUCACUGCCGCUUGGCAGUCGGGCCUCUCCAACGCCGCCCUCUGUGGCCAGAUUCUCGGCCUCUUCGCCGCCGGUGUCAUCGCCGACCGUUUUGGCUACCGCAAGACCCUGAUUGGUGCUCUAUUCCUCUGCAUCUGCUUCGUCUUCAUCAUCUUUUUUGCCGAGUCCCUGCCCCAGCUCCUCGCCGGCGAACUCCUCAUCGGCUUCCCCUGGGGUGUCUUCCAGACACUCACCACCACAUACGCCUCUGAAGUCUGUCCUACCCACCUCCGCGCCUACCUAACCACCUAUGUCAACCUCUGCUGGGUCAUGGGCCAAUUUAUCGCCUCUGGCGUCCUCCGGGGCAUGAUCCCGCUCAACAACAGAUGGGGCUACAAGAUCCCCUUUGCCCUGCAAUGGGUGUGGCCUCUGCCUCUCAUGAUUGGGAUCUGGCUCGCCCCGGAAUCACCGUGGUGGCUGGUCCGCAAGAACCGACUCGACGAUGCCAAAAGAUCGCUUCAACGCCUAACGACCCGCAACAGUGGCGUUGAGUUCCACCCCGACGAGACCAUCUCCAUGAUGAUUCACACAAACGAGAUGGAGAGGAGAAUUCGAGAAGGAACAUCAUACUUUGAUCUCUUCAAGGGUAUUAACCGCCGCCGCACUGAGAUUGUCACCUGUGUUUGGGUCAUCCAAACCCUGUGCGGCGCCUCCUUCAUGGGAUACUCAACCAUGUUCUAUCGCCAAGCCGGCCUUGCCACCGAAAAUGCGUUUAGCAUGUCCCUUGCUCAGUACUCCCUUGGUUUCAUCGGUACCAUCUUCUCCUGGUUCCUCAUGACCCGUUUCGGACGCCGCUCCCUAUAUCUCUAUGGGCAAGUCAUCCUCUUCACCUUGCUCAUCGGCAUUGGCGGUGCCGCUUUCGCCGGACGCGACAACAUUCCCGCGCAGUGGGCCAUUGGCUCCUUGCUCCUUGUCUAUACAUUUUUCUACGACUGCACCGUCGGGCCCGUCUGCUACUCGCUUGUCUCUGAGCUCAGCUCGACGCGUCUGCGUACCAAGUCGGUCGUCUUUGCCCGUAACAUGUAUAACAUUGCGAGCAUCGCCACAAACAUCCUCACCCCUCGCAUGCUCAACCCGACCGCUUGGAACUGGGGUGCCAAGUCUGGCCUCUUCUUUGCUGGCACCUGCGGGCUGUGCAUUCUCUGGACAUUCUUCCGUCUACCCGAACCCAAGGACCGCACCUUUCGCGAACUCGACGUGCUAUUUGAGCGUCGCGUGUCGGCACGCAAGUUUAGCGCUGCGGUUGUUGAGCCCUCGGAGAUUUACGGUCUCGAGACCGACGAGACUGAGGCCUUGGCUGAGAAGACUGAGGCCAAGGCCGAAUUUGUCGAGCGUGCGAAAUGA